CCUGUCAACGUAAAUGUCAACACAAACCGAAAGAAAAGCAUAAAACCUCUCAAGUCUGGAGAAAACAAAACGCCUACCUGUGGUUAAACACGUUAAAUUAUUGCUUGUUUCGUCCAAAAACCGUCCGAAAGGAUUGUAAAUUUGUGUAUUAAACCUUUCCGGUGGAGUUCGUACUUGAUUUGCGUAUGUUUUAACGUUAACGAAUCGAACAGAAAGUGUUUUCAAGUUCACCUGUCUGACCGCUCCUAAGAUGUCUUCCAGGGGUACAUUUCGGAAGUGAAAAUUUGUUGAAGCAGCAUCUAGUUGUGUUUCCAGCGUUGUUCACCGCAGCUCAAAAAUGGCACCGGGUUCGAGCAACAAUCAGAAUAAUAACCGGCAGACGGGUACCAAGCCCAAGUCGAAAUCUUCGAAGAAAAAUUCCGUUCCACAGGAAAUCGUUGCACCAACCCGAAGGGAUCAGCUCCAGCAGCAGCUAAAUGUACUGGUCGAUUGGGCAAACGUUUCCGGCGCAUCAUCGGUGGUCCCGAACAACAAUUCCCAGCAACAACAGCAGCAGCCGCAUUUCAGUGGCGCACAACAACCAUCGACAAGUGGCCAGCAGCAAGGGCAGAAUAUUCUUCUGAAACCCCGCAACAAUCGGACACCAGGUGAAGGCACCUGUUACGAAAUCGAUAAUCUGUCGCUGCAAGAUAACAGCCGCUACAUACCGGUACGACCGAUCGUGCGACGAAAUCUGCUGAACGAGGGAACCGGCGGAGAACAGAGCGAACCGCACAACACUGCAGUCGGUGUGGUAAUUCCUACAACUCCCAACUCUGCCCUGCAGCAAACUUUCCGCCUAAACGAGGGUGCUUCAGCGAGUAGCAGUGGAGUUGCGGUCGGAUCCACGCACAGCAUUAACAAUCUCCUGCACAGUGGUUCCGGUGCUUCAACCGUCACCGGAGUUGUACCGAAACAGCAACACAUUCUAAACCCUCUACUGCUUCUGCAGCAGCAGCAGCAACAAAACCAAGCGGGACAAACACGUUCGACUUCCUCACCGUUAAGCUACCGUGUGCCGGAUGGUGCCUCUCAAAAUCAGUUGAACUUAAACAAAAACUCUAACCACCACCAGCAGCAACAGCAGCAGCAGCAACAAUCUCAUCACUUACUCGCAGCUGCAGCCGUGCCAUCGACCUCGUCCGGAUCGCGUUACGGAUCCGCUACCUUACCGUUUAACGCUACCAGCGGCACGGUCGAGGAUACGCUGAACCAGAUACAGGAGUACAUCAAGCUAACCACAAACCUGAUCUCAUCGGUCCAAAUUGAUAACGUGAGUGGCGACAGCAACACGGAAAGGAAUAUGGGAGACGAGAGUUGUUACUUUGUGCCGAUUAAUUCCGCCACGCUGGAGGACGUCCGGCACUCCGACGCGGAGCUUAACGGUGGUCCACGGCCCCAGUCAGUGCAAAGCAUCAGCACAAACCAAUCGACCACACCCGUCCCACCGUCUGCGUCCUGCGACGAACUACGCUACCGUAUGGAGUCGCAAUCCAAAAAUAUGCAAGCCCUGAAAGAACAGCAAGCACAUCUGCUUCGCCUACAGCAAGCGGCCCGCCAGCAGCUGCAGGAGAUGGAAUCGAUUCGGCAAAUGCACACCGCCAGCGUAGCGCCACCGAUAGAAUCGUUCCAAACGGUGGAACAGGUGCAGGACGGUAUCGGAAGCAUUAUGGAACGGAUGCGCGUACUUUCCACCUUCAUACAGAACCAGCAAGAGCUGAGCAACAUGCUGGGCCCGGACAACGAUACGGAUGUGUUGGCCGAUCAGGCAAUGUUGCAGCAGAAGUUUCAGGAAUUGCGUGACAAGAAGAGCCAAAUGCAUAAUCUCGUGUCGGAGCUGCAGAGUAUGAAUUUGGACGCGAAUCGACAGUUUGACGGUGAGGCGGGACCGGAACCGCGGAAUGUACCGAUCGAAUUGACGCACGCACCGGCAACGGCAGCGGACGCAAGGAAUGCGACGAAAAUAUUUCUCAACGGUGGCGGUAGCACGAUGGAGGGUACGAGCAGUGGUGGUGCGGUAAAUCCGGUAGCCACCGUUGAAGGUAUGUCCGUACCAGCGCACCGGCCGGUCGGUGAGGAACAGCGCAACAAUGGUGUACAGUCCACAGCGGUGGAUGAGGAUGAAGAUGAAGGCCCGCUAAACGAAGAGGAAGCGGCCGUACUAACCGGGACGGCCGAUAUGUUGAGCGAAAAGAUUAAUGAAAUUAAUGCGAUGAAAUCGCAGUUGCGCCGUUUGAAAGAGAUGAUGGAUACGGUGAAGCUGAUCGAGAUGAAAACGGGUCAGGAAUCGAUUGAUGAGGAAGAUGAGUACGAGGAGGAGGAUGCACCGGAAGAUGAAGAGGAAGGCGAUGAUGAGGAUGACGAGGGUGCCGCAGCGAUUGCCAUGCAGCAGCAGCAGCAACAGCAGCGUUCCAGCAGAAGCCGUUCGCGUUCGAUGAGUUCCGCACCGAUCACGCUGCUGCCCAACGGUACGACAAUCCCGAACGAUGCGGACGGUAGCGAAAUGUCACACCAGGAGCGGGAGCAUCUGAACAAACGUGUCGAAGCACUGCAAGCAAUGACGCAGGAUUUGCGCGAACAGGCAAAAUCGAUUGCAGCCGAACGCGAUCGUUUAAAGCACGCACGGAACGAUCUGCACAAGCGGCGAAACAAUGUGAUGGAACUGCAGCAACAGGCGCAGAAUCAGGCGAGCGAAAAGCUUACCAAUCACGUCGCCUCGUUUGUGUCGAUGGCCGGUCCGAGCGGGCGUGUCCCAGCGGGACCGAAAGAGCGUCAGCAGAUGGAGCUAAAGGCCGAACUGGAGCAGAAGAAACGGGAGCUCGAGCGCAUUGAAAAGAUGACGCAAAGCAUAAAGAAAAACACGGAACUUUCUCGUGCCGCGGUUGUUGAGGGUGCCCAUGAGCAGCAGGUUACACCACUCCCGAAGGCAACCGGACCAUCGUCGGUCGUUUCAUCGUCGGUUGAAUCGUGCAGUGGCGGUGCCGGAUCACAUCACCGUGGUACACCAUCGGCACACGUGACCAUUCCACCAGCGCCGGCCCCAUCAGCCAUUAGCGGUUCGCUGCAGAACAAUACGGCCGGUAGCAAUGCGACCAACGAUUCGAAAACGAACUCCGCCGACUCGGGCGUUACGUCGGACAUAUUUGCCCAUGCGCAGCUAGAAUCGGCCAGCUACCAGUCGAGCAGUACGCGCAGUUUUCCACCUCCGAUGCCCGACAUUUGCAAUCGCAAUGCGGCGGCCGAUCGGUAUCGGUUGAAGCGAAGCGAUCUUGAUGCCGAUGGUGCUCCGGUUGGUGGUGGUGGAGGUGGUGGUGGUGUUGGCGCCGGUCCUGUUGGGCGUGAUCAUCGUGGAUCUUCACCGUGGCCAGUGUUCGGCACGAGCGGUGGUGCUGGGGGACUGUCCAGCUCGAAUACGGGCCCGCACAGUCCACACUACGGACUGCCGUACGGGCCGGGAAUGCAUGAUCUUUCGCACCAUGGAGCCGCUGCCGGGUAUGUGGGCGGCGGAGGUGUCGGGGCGUACGGUAGCAGCUGGAGCACGGGCGGUGGUCCGUAUGGUGUGGCGGCAAAUUUGUUGCCACCGCAUGCUGCCACCCCGAACACACCGCCCGAUCCGAUCGUAUUUCAACACAUCAUGCAAACGCAACAGAUGCUGAUGAACUCGAUCACACAGUGCAAUCAGCUGCUGUGGAUUCAACAACGUGAAAUUAAUAAUCUCAACAAUGCCGUGCUGCUGCUUCAGGAACGAAUACUCGGCACCAACAGCAGCUUGCUGCUACACGAAACCCAUGGUCCACAGAUGGGCGCCACGUUGAUAAGGGCAGAAUCAACACCACCGAACGCCUCGAAUGUCGCUACCACGGCUAGCAGCAUAUACACACGGGCACGUUCCGAGCAACCGAUGAUGUCCCAUCAGCAGCAGCAAUCCUCUCCCUAUCAUCACCCUCACUCCCAUCUCCAUUCGACUUCCCAUCCCACACAAUCGGCUGUUUUGCUACAGCAGCAGCAGCAGCAACAGCAGCAACCAAUGCAAUCCUUUACACAACCGCCAUACAGUCCGCUUGCAGCAGGGAUGCCCCAAACUCACCCGAUGGUAUCACCACAGCAGCUUCCCCCCAACACCCAAUGUUUGGCGAAUCAAACGGUGCAGCGUAACAAUACUAACCCCGCACAGGCCGGCUUACCACCGAGCGGUGCCCAUGCGGGCCGGUUACGUUCGAGUGUGCGUCCGCUUAACAUUAACACGCUUAACAAUGCGCUUUACGAUGAUCAGUCCGGCAACGGUGGUACGGUGGGUACGGCCGGUGGUAUCAUGAAUGGCACGGAAACCGGCACCGGGCUGGCAAACGAGUACGGUGCCGGUUCGAUCGCACCGAACAUGAUAAACAAUCUGUGCAGUAGUGGUUCACAACCGGCCACACCGACACCGGGUGGUUCGACGUUGGUCGGUCAGCAUCAACACCACCAGCCGCACACGUCCUCGUUACGCUUCGGGCAAAAUUACAACAACCUAAACAACACGGUCAACAACAACCUAUCGAACGUAAACAUGCAGAACAAUCACAAUCUGUACAACCAGCAGCAGGACACGUCCACCCAGCAGCAGCAGCAACAAACGCAAGCCCUCAACAACCAGGUGCUGCCGGGUGUGAGGGCCAAUAAUUAUUGGGAUAACUUCCGAAGCUACUCAAGACAAAAUCUCCUAUCGAGCAAUAGCUGCAAAAGCAACGAAGAAUCCUGUUCGCAAAGUGGCAGCGCUGGAGGUGGCAGUGGUGGAGGCGGAACAGGAUCCGCAGCAGGAACAGGAGGAUGUGGUGGUUCGGGUGGUAUAGGAGUUGGUGGAAGUGGAGGAAGUGCUGGAAAUGCUAGCGGUAACGGUAGUGGAAGCGGCUGUAAUACGAUCAAUAAUCAGCUGCAGCGCAAUAACAGCAACGCUUCGAACCAGUACAUGAACAACCAGAGCAACAAGUACCAGCAGUCGAUCAACAUAACGCGCAACAACUCGCUGAGCAAUACGAAUCAGGAUAUGGAAUCAUCCGGCGGGCAACAGAUUCUGGGCUACCACCCAAAUCAGGAACAACCGAUCGACGAUUGUGUUGGGCAAGUGGUAGAUCACCAUCGUCAGCAGCAUCAGGUACAGGUAGAGCAGCAAACUCCGUCGUCGAACCUUGGAGGACAUUCGUUGCACGGUGCAAGACAUUCGCAGCCAGUCUACCAAUCGCAACCACCGAUUGCAACCGCUCGCCAACAGCAUCACUCACAAACGCAACUAGUCGGAACGGGAUCUGUCCAAACACAAACACACCCGUACACACUUCCACACCAACCUUUGUUACAGUCGACACCGCAGCAACAACCCCCAUCGUCAAGUAUGGUCGGAACACAUCAAACUCCUUCCGGUCAGCAUCAGCAGCAACAAAUUCCACCGCAGCAGCAGCAGCAACAACACACCCAUCAUGCACCCUUGAAUCAGUCCAACUCGCUGGAUCUUGGUGAACUUCAGUUCCACACGAAUCCGAUCAAUCUAGGGCUGGCGAACAAAACACACCCGAAGGCAAGCGGGCACAAGAAGUAUCCACUGUCGUUGCGCUCCUGCCGGGAUGCUGGUGCCGGUGGGGAAGGAAGCAGCGGAUGUUACGUGUCCGGCGGUGGAGAUAUGAAUCUCGCUUCCACUUGCACGUAUCAGCAUGAUUCCAAGUCAACCUCCAAAUUAUUCGAAGCACUCAAAGAAAACGUCUACCAGGAGGUAAAAAAUCUCAUCACAGCGAAUGAAUCUCGGCCCCACUUUCUCAUCCAGCUGUUCCGUGAGCUGCAGCUGAUCUCGUCCGAUCCACUACGGCAGCGCACGCUGCAAUCGAUACAGGAGCUGUACAACCGGUACAUCGAGUCAACACUCCAGGAGGAGAACCAUGUGAACAAUGUAGGAAGCAACAAUUUGCUUGCGUCCACUGGACUGUCAAACAUGCCGGAAGGGGUCAAUGCUGGCGGCGAAGGAAUAGUAAAUAGUGAACCACGAACUUCGCCACCGCGCGAUUCCAGAAAUGAAGAAUCUGCCGUUGAGUUUGAGGUUAUUCAAAACUACACGAAUCUUCGCCAGCAGCAGCAGCAGCAGCAACAGCAGCAACAGUAUCAUUACAUUCCUGCUAAUGGACCAGAACAGACAGGAGGGAGUCUCCCGUCUUCUUCAGCUGGUGGAGAAGUUUUAACAUCCUCCAUACCGAACCCAUCUACGUCUACCAACACUCCACCGGGUGCUGGACGUCGUCUAUCCUCAAGCCGACCACUCAACCAAGAACAACUUGUCCCUAUAGCGGUGGCCAAUUCGGAAAUCAUUAACAUAAUAAUGGGUGAUAUCGUAUCGGUGAUAAACUCGGUCGAUUAUAUUAACGAUUCGGUGCUGUUUAAGAUUGCGGGUGUCAUAUGCAAUCAUGCCGCUGGUGGAGCACCGGUCGAUUACGGUCAGCCAGUCGGUGGUGAUCCGGGACAGCAACAUCAUCAUCAUCAUCACCAUCAGCACCAUUACCAUCAUCACCAUUCGCGCACGGGACAGUCUCCGGCAGCUUCACUGCUGGCCGCUGCCUCAUUCCUAUCGGCGCAAGGUGACGAACAGCAGGGUGAGCUGAACGGUGGACCACGAACCGAAGGUGUCGGUGGGGGUGAUGUCUUUAGCCGGGAGGAUUUUUUGCGACAUCUUGAAAGCUGGAACCGUACCGAUAAGGAUGAGUUUAUAUCGAAUUUGGAAAACUUUUUAAACAACAUACUGCUGCGUUCAUCUGCCGUGGAGGGUGAAGAAGGCGAGGAAGAAGAGGACGCUAUUACUGGUGGUCCGAUCGGUAGUCAGCAAAACUCGGCCUAUGUGGAUGAGGUACAGCCAGCAGCAAAUAGUUGCACCGCACCGAUUGCUUAUGAAGGUAAUGCGAACGGUCAAGAUGGUGGCGUGAAUGGUAAUGGAAUGGUGCCGUUUGCCGCAGGAGAACAACGACCGUUAGAAUCGGCGGUAGUCGUCAGUUCCAGCUCUGCCAAUGCGGUGUACUCCUCGACGACGUACGAUCUGGCCGAAGCGGAUCAAGUGCGCUCAAGCGAUAUGGAAACAUCAGCGGGAAAUAUAACUGCCGCUGGAUCGAGUGGAGGAAAUUCCACGCUGGAGCAUCCAAACGCCGGGACUAACUUUGACGAUCGCUGGACUGUAGUUGUGCAGAAGAAACCAGCCACGGUUGGGGAUGAACAAGCUGGUCCUAACAGCGGGAUCAGUGAGGGACGACCACAGCCAAGGAUGGGAGGAUUGCAACAGCAGCCAAUGCAUGGAAGCAGCAGCAGUGGUAUGAAUGGUGGACCGAGUGGUACUAAUGGAACCGUACCGUCAGGUGCACCCGGUGGAGGAAACAAUGGAAACAACAUAAACAACAAUUGGCAAUCGGAAGAGGUCGCCGAUGAACAUUUAGAACAGACAGAAGAACACCGUUCAUCGUACUAUUGAAGAAAACAAUGGUUUCUUUAGUACCAGGCACACGCAGCACACGUACGGCUAUAAACAUUAUGGUGAUUUAAAGAAAACAAUAUACCCACGCAUUCAUAUAUCCGCCACAGACUUUCUGAAACGCAGAUUCUAGUAAUUCGAACUAUAAUAUAAGCACAUCUAUUAGGUGGCUCCACUAUGUAA